UCCUGUGGAACUGAAGCCCUGUGACCCCAAGAGCAUGCUGAAAAGUCCACCGCCAUUGCCAAGCCAGAUGUUUGAAGGGACGAAUGUUGGGCGUGGCAAUGGGAUUCCUACUGUGUGGGUGGGUGACGUUUACAAGGAGGGAAACCUUGUGACAACCGCCGGUCUAACAGUGUGGCAUAUUAACGAGUACAGACACUUUGAGGUACAGCCAGCACAACAUGGACAUUUCCACUCAGGGGAAGGCUACGUGAUCAGGUGGGCCUACUUUGUGCUCGCCGACAGAAUAGUCAAAGAUCGGAAGUCCCGUUGUCGUUCAACCGUUGCUGGGCGCGUCCGCUGCGCUUACUUUUUCUGGCAAGGAAAUGACUGUUCUGUGAAUGAGAAGGGUGCAGCUGCCAUCAUGGCUGUAGAACUUGAUGAAGAAAAAGGACCGCAGGUAAGAGUGGUGCAAGGAAAGGAAACUCCAGUAUUUCUAAAUCUCUUCAAAGGGGGAAUGAUUAUCCAUACUGGCAGUUAGGCUACUUGACUCGAGAACAGAAGCAUCUCUCAUUCUGUGUGAAUAAAAGAGCCGAUGAAAACUCAUGUUGAGACCCGCCUGCGAGCAAGCCUCAUUCUUAGCGCUGCAGGACGCGCGUUUCUCC